GUGUAAGUAAACAUGGCAAGGACUCAUUACUAGAUGAACCGUGGUGAGAAUAAGUUUGUCAACCAAAAUGGCUUCCAAAAAUGUAUUAGUGAUCUGCCUUUUCUGUUCCAUAAUAUUUCUGGUGGAGAGUCACGGUCCCCCUAAAGACCGAGACAGCGAAGACAUCCAAAUGGGGAGGAAGGUAAAAAAAUAUCUGAUACAGACUGGUGCCAAGUGGUGCAGCAUGGCGAAGGUGUGCAACCACGACCGCGUCCCGAUCUGCGGGCUGAGCCACGCUGGUGACGUCAUGGGAUUCAGGGACCUCUGCGACAUGUUCGAUUACAACUGUAUUAGGAGGAGGAAUUACAAGCAGACUGCCUGCCCGGACGAUAGAUCGGUCCUCUCCGUGUCCCGCCGACCUACUAACAGUUAUUUCGAUGACUGAUCGCUAUUCUAAUUAAAAUUCUACUCCAUUCAAAUAUUCCAAUUUCUUUCUUUUUAUACUUAGUUUUUCAUUGUAAUUGUUUGAUUAAAUGAAAGUGUAUUACUAUGGUUAGGAUCGUUUUAUUUCAAAAUGUUUGCCAUAAGUCCUUUGCCACAUAAGCGAUGACC